AUGAAGGGUGUAAAGGCACUCUUGUUUAUGACCGGCGAGCGAUUGGCGGAGGUCUUUCGAUCGCCCGGUCAGACCCUGGAUGCCUUCUCCAACUUCGCUCGCUGCUACUUUUACGCGCUCGCAUUCUGGUCUCUGAUUACCGCAAAGCUCUUACAUCUCUAUGCACAUCUAUACUCGCUACCAGGAAGCCAGUUUGUCAUCUGGGGCAUUACUUUCUUCUUCCAAGAUGUUGCGAUGCUCCUAUUCUUGCGCAUCAUUGCUCAACGAGGGCGCACGCGGCCCCUUGCUGCUUUGGGCGCACUUGUGCUUAUCCCGUUUAGUUUGAUCGUCUCGGGAAUGGCUGCCGCUAAUUUCUCUGUCUAUGUUUUUACCGGCGCUGAAAUUCACUGGAAACAAGCCAAAUCCUUUACCAAUGACGCUGCCGCAAUCCGAACUUUACUUACCGGUUUGACCGGAUUUCUUGUCGGCGAAGCUAUUAUUGUCGCCGCUGCCAUUUUAACCGGUCGUUUCGUUCACAGAGUUGCCGGAGGUUUAUUACACGUUCUGGCAUGGCCUCUGCGCUGGCUGUUUGGCCGCGUGAGCACUUGCCUGUCGCCUCUGCGCUCACGACUGAACAUCUUCCCAAUCCGGAACCAGUACAAAGACCUACCCGAUCCGGAAGUCUAUGAACGAAUCGCUCUCGAGGACGACUACCUGAACGAUACACCCGAUGACGAGUCUGACGAUGCCUAUGAUGCCCACUCUUCCAAAUGGGACAGCAGACCCAUAACCGAUCGGCCCCUUCCACGAGUUCUUAUCCUUGGCGCAUUUUCUCUAUUCCUGUUACUACGCAUUCUCCGGCCUCCGGACUCGGUAUUACUGUUCCUUUCCGGAACUCUGCCUUUGACGACGGUUUUCCAGGGCGGCCACCGGGGCUCGCCUGUUGAUAUCUCCGGUGUUCCGCUCGGAUAUAGUUACCUCGAUGGCGCGGAAACUCUCCACCCUCCGCCUAAGUGGUCAUGGAUGCCCAAGGACCCAGGUCCCGGAUUCAGAGAUUGGGAACCCGAAACCCACGCCCUUCAUUACGACGGUGCCAAAAACCCGCUCCAUAUUUCUAAUCUGCAGGAGCCGUUAUUAAAACCUGUCCAAAAGGCGAUAGCUGAUAACAACCUCAAAAUUAAACACGUGGUUUUGUUGAAGCUCGAAAGCGCGCGCGCUGACAUUUUCCCUCUGAGGAACGAUUCAUUCAUGCGCGAGCGCAUCGCUGGAUCUUAUCAGGAUAACCAGAUCCCCGAGGAUGUACUGGAGCGCAUUGCAAACCUCACGCCUACCGCCAAUUAUUUGACGGGUUUCGAUACUGGGUUUGGUCAGGACAAUGGUAUUCAGCGCAGUCGCAAAGCGUAUGGGGGUCUCAGUGCGAGAAACGCCUACACGACUUCUACCUAUACGCUCAAGAGUCUCGAGGGCACCCUGUGCGGCGUUUCACCACUGGUUGCCGAUUUGAACCGCGAGUUCGAGCAUCACAUUUAUCAACCAUGCAUGCCUCAGGUUUUCGACAUGCUCAGCCGACAGCCCGAGAUCACCAACAAAACCGAUGAUUUCACCCUGUGGCCGUGGCACUCCAUCUGGAUGCAGUCCGUGACGGAAACCUACGACAACCAGGACAAGCUAACUCCGAAAUUGGGCUACUUUGACAAGCAGACCAAGGAGACCAUUGAGCACCCGGAUGCCAAGCACUUCCCGCCGAAGACCGAAGAAGUGAACUACUACGGUUACGCGGACACCGAGCUCAAGGAGUACAUCCGGGAUGCGAUUGACGAUGCAGAGAGUAAUCAUGAGCGUUUAUUCCUUACCCAUUUGACUGGAACUACGCAUCAUCCAUGGGGUUUGCCUAACAAUGCAUAUGAGCAAAUCAUGGGCUCGAACAAGGGACACAACGAAGACCUGAACCGCUAUUUGAACACAAUUGGUUUCGUGGACGGCUGGCUUCAGACGAUCCUGGACAUCUUGGAAGAGAAGGGAGUAGCCGACGAAACCCUCCUCGUCAUGGCCGGUGACCACGGCCUCUCCCUUCCCAACGACGGCGGCAUCACACCCUACGACAAUCCGCACGUUGGCAACUUCCAAGUGCCCAUCGUCUUCGCACACCCCAAACUCCCACCCAUCGAGAUCAAAGCCCCUGUCUCUAGCAUCCAGAUCGUCCCCAGCAUAAUCGAUCUCCUAAUCGAAUCAUCUUCCAUUCCCAAAGACACCAGCAACGUCGCACGCGACAUCCGCUCCCUUUAUGAAGGCCAAUCUCUCAUCCGGCCCUUAAUUCAGGAGCGCGACGGAAAGAAAGACUGGCAAUUCACCGUGAUGAACACCGGUGGAACCUGGCUCAGUGUACGCUCCGCCGCGCGACCCGAGUUACGACUCGUGAUUCCGCUCAUCAACGAUGUCGAAUGGCGCUUCUCUGACCUGACCAAAGAUCCGAACGAAGAUAAGCCCAUUAUGAGAUUCAAUUUGGCUGACAUGGCCCACACGCUUCAGAAGAAGUACGAUGACGAGAUUCUUCGUUGGCUCUUCGAUGCUGUGUAUGUGGCUAAUUGGUGGGUGAAAGAGAACUGGGAUCGGUAUGGAUACAAUCCUCAUCCGAAGCACCAUGACAGGUGA